AUGCAACUUUCUACACCAAUUCCGUAUCUGCAACCUUCUACAUCAAUUUCUUUACCUUCGCAAGCUUUUUCUAACCUAAAUUCAAAUCCUACCUUUACUUAUACUAAGAAAAGAUCAUCAAAGGCUGAGGUUAAAUCGCUUAAUCUUAGGGUUGACCAGUUGGAAGCAGA